AGUCCCGAGUUCCUCAGACGUCACAAUGUUCAAGUUCGCGGUUCUUGUCGCCGGUUGUGCAGCUUACGCUUCCGCCGCGAAGAUCGUUUGCGAUGUCCACGCGUUCGAUAAAGCGGCUGGGGACGUUCUCCUGUACGGAGGUGGAGCGUCGGCCCCGAACACAUUCGCCCAGCUCGACGCCAAAUGUGCCAGUGAGAGAAAAUCUCUGAAGUUCGCUGAGGAUUACACCGAAAACUGCGUUCACGGACUUGGCAAGGGCAUGUUGAAGAUCUUCAUCGAAGGUGCCGGUAACGAAGUCAGCAAGCAUUGCACUGCUGGUCCCAUGAAGAACAAAUACAUCCGGCUCGCGCCUUGCAUCAACCAGAAAGCCGCUGCCGAGAUCUUCAAGUGCAACAACAUGCUUGCGGCUAUCCUCGAAGGAACAACGGCGCAUCCCAAGAAGAACCGAGUUCCUCUCAGCUGCUGCUACAUGAACGAGUACGUCAACUGCGUCGUCAAACACGCCUCAAAAUGUGGUAAGGAAACCACGGACUUCGCCCAUGAAAUUAUCAACACGGUCGCUGGUGACCUACUCGACACAGUUUGCACAAAGUACAAGAGCAACUCCAGGGAAUGCAGAGCGCUCCCGAAAGUGACUCCGGCCGCAUCGCCGAAAUACAAGAGUUUGCUCCCCCCUCUGGCCGAUGUUCUCGACUCGUUGGGUUCACAAUAGGCUCUGUGUGUACAAAGUCAUUCCGCUUUCGACUGUUCGCACAAACGUCCCCUAGGCGAAGGCGUAGCGCCAAAAAUGUCAAUAUAGCUUCGAAUUCAAUAAAAUGCUCCAUCACGUAUCCAAAUCUCUGUCGAAAGAA